AUGGCAGAAGCGCCAAACCGGAGCCCAGAAAUAAGGAAGGACACAGUGAACAAUCGGUGGGUGAUAUUCUCUCGGGCGAGAGCUCGUCGGCCGUCCGACUUCAAAUCCAAACCAAACCCAAAUACCACUUCCAACAACAAAUCGGUAUGCCCAUUCUGUAUCGGUCACGAGCACGAAUGUGCACCGGAAAUCUUCCGCGUCCCAGCGGAUUCUGCCUCCUCCGAUUGGAAGAUCAGGGUCAUUCAAAACCUAUACCCAGCUCUAAGUAGAGACAUUGAUCCUCCUCCUACGUACCCUAGUCCUGAGUCUGAUUCUGGGGACGGUGACGUGAAGGUGAGUGGGUUUGGGUUUCACGAUGUGGUGAUUGAAUCUCCGGUUCACCCGAUUCACUUGUCCGAUCUCUCUCCGGCUGAGGUCGGUGAUGUUUUGCUUGCUUAUAAACAGAGGAUUCUACAGCUUCGGUGUUACGAUUCCAUCAAAUACGUCCAGACAGAAAGGAGAGUUAGACUGGAAUGCAAGAAUGAAUCUCAAAAAGGACCUAGAGGAGCUCCCAUUAUUAUUCCAGCUCAAUCUGUUCAGCUCCAAAGCUCCAAUGACCCAAUAUGGUCUACCUACUUCGUUACAAUGGUUCCUGAUGAGAACUACCUAGAUGCUGCAUCAAGGUUGAUUGUUAGUGAAGGGAUGGGGUAG